UGUGGCUACGAUUUGUGUGCCUUGUGAGCAGCUAUUUUUCCAUAUCAGCUAAAAAAAAGAAAAAACUCCUUAUUUGACAAAACAAGAUAACUACAUCUUGUACAUCACACAUCUUAUGCCUCUGGAACUCCCAGUCUUGCACUGGGAGUUAAUCUUUCUCCCCAUUACAAAACCACAGGUAUUAGUAUGGAACAUAAUGUCCUUGGGUUGGUCAUGGAGCCGCUUUGUGAACAGGGGCGCUGUCAUGCUGGAACCCCCCGUAUGGGUGUUAUGGUCAGGUGUCCACAUACGUUUUACUUCAUUCGUAUUCAUUUAAGAAGUAUUACUUAUUUAAUUUGAAUAUGUGUGCAGCUACAUCCCUAGCACAGAAACACACACACACACACACACACACACACACACACACACACACACACACACACACACACACACACAGGUUGAGAAUAUUAAGGUUGUGAUUUCCAUAAGGCAGAAUUUCCAUGACAGCAGCAAAAUCUCAGAAUCAUGAAGUAAAUCAUGUGGGCACUUGACUUCCUCUAUCUUCCUCUUUCUUGUCCCAUGUGUGUAUAUUUCUUUUUUAAAAAAUUAACUUGAUGCAUAGAGUGAAACCAUUUAUCAAAUGUGGGCAUGUCUUAUGCAGACUUUAAAAAGCCCAAAGUCACUGACUAUAGCUAUAUACAAGUCUAUAGACCAGUACUACCGUCCAAGAAAUGGGAAAUAAUCAACCUGCUCAUCCUCCGCGUCGGUUCUCACCGGAACUCAAGAGGCCUUGGAGACCAGUAGCAUGGAGUGAAAACGAUGAAAUACUACACGAUGUGAAAGAAUUCAAACCCAGCUCGGAGGUCCUCAGAAUUGUGUUGUAUGGACCGACUGGCGCUGGGAAAUCAUCCUUCAUCAACUCAGUCCAGAGAAUUCUCUUAGGCCGUAAUGCCAUGAGUGCUCUGGAAAACUCCACGUUUACAGGAGCAAGCUUCACAAAAAAAAUGAAAAUACACAAGCUGAAGAAAGGCAGAGGUGAGCAUUAUCCUUUGGAAAUUGUUGACAUCAUGGGGCUUCAGCAUUCAGGAGGGAUAACAGCUGAUGACAUCAUCAGUGUACUCAAGGGACACGUUCCAGAUAAGUACACGUUUAAUCCUGUGUCAUCCAUAACUGCUGAGAAACCAGAAUACAAAAAGAACCCAACUUUGUAUGAUAAGGUCCACUGUCUGGUCAGCAUUCUGUCUGCAGACUCUGUCUCAAGAAUGGAAGAUGGCGUCUUUGUAAAAAUGGCCGAGGUUGGAGCGGCUGCUAGCGAGCAGGGAAUUCCUCAAGUCAUUGUUAUGACCAAGGUAGAUAAAGCCUGUGAGCAGGUUAACCAGGAUUUAAAGAAAGUCUACACCAGCAAGAAGAUCAAAGAGAAGAUGGACCUGUGCAGCAUUAACUCGGGCAUCUCAAAAAACGCCAUCUACCCUGUGAAGAACUAUGCUGAAGAGAUCACCAAAGAUGACGGCAUUGAAACGCUCAUCCUCACAGCAUUGAGAGAUAUUCUAAAUUUUGCCAAUGACUAUGUGGAACGUGAGUUGGAAGAAGAAGCCUAGUGAUGAAUCCCCAAGUAUAAAGUGAAAUGAGGUUUGAGGUCAACCUUAGAUUAGUUGUGUGCCAUGUUUUAUUCUUAAGAGUCAUAGUCUUGGUGUAGCAGAUGUAUUAGAAGCUCAGUGUAUUACACAAAGUUUCCAUAUAUGAAGAAAAAGUUCAGGUUGCCAGAUAUUUUUUUAAAGAAGCGCCUGAGACAGGGUUUUUCGAUAGAAUGAGACCUAAAACACCUAAAUCAGGGAUAGAAUAUGUGGACUGAAGAAACUCAGUACAUGACAGUUUAAAAAGAAUAAUAUGAUAUAUGAAUGAGAAGAGGACAAACAUUGAAUAGUAUAUUGGUAAUAUAUUGCUGAAUUAAUAAUCACAUUAAUCACUGCAAAUUUGGUUUCAUUUAACAUAAUGGCUUCCAUGGACUCGACCUGCCAUGGUUCAAGAAUAUUAAGUAGAAGGUCAGACUCAAGAGACAUCCGUGCAACUGAACAAGUAGCUUUGUAAAUUUUUCUUAUGAUACGUCAUCAAACUGAAGUUUCCUUUAGAGGAAAAAAAAAAUGCCACCAACGUCCACAGUUUUCUCUUAUAAUGAACUUCCAUUAAGUGAUUAACUUUUGUGUCUAACUGCAGCAUAUGGUUAAGUAAUUCUUAGUAUUCUGUCUUAGUUGUGCAAUUUGUGCUGAACUGUGGGCAGGUGGGACAACUGUCUGAAAACAAAAAUCAAAUCGAACAGUUGACUCUUUCACUUCAUCUUUCAGAAGAAGAAGAGGAAAGAGAUUUUUUUACAAGAGCAAGAAAACAAAGCAGACACCACUCUUUCACUUCAUCAUUUUGCUUUGUAGCAAACCAGCAUCAAAACUUUUGAAUAAACUACUUCUUCUUCUUGACUGUUACUAAAAUGUAUUACACCCUCAACAUCCACAGUUAUGUUGGGUUUUAAAGAAAACAUUUGUCCAGUGACUUCUUUCUUCAAGUUCCAGAACAUUGUAGUUACCAGAGACGUUUUGAUGGUUUGAUAAUGCCAGAGUCCACAUGAGAGCCUGAAUGACAUUGUGUGUUUAUGUAACACUGAUUAAUUCCACAAAUUUGCUUUUACAUACUGUUGACUGUGAGAAAGUUUAAUAAUGUACCUAUAAGAGAGCUAUUUUCACUUCAAUCAGGUCUUUCCCAGCAUUAUCAGUACACAGUAUGAGCAACACAAUGUGGAUAGAGGUGUGCUAUAUUUUGUUACACCUCUUUAAAAUCCCAUUUUCACAUAGCAUAAUGUUAGCCACGACAUAUUGUGAACAGAGUCCACUGACAACCAAAUAAUUCCACCGAAAAGCAACAUUUACCCAAUCUUCAACUGUCUAUUUUAUGUUCCGACAAAGAGGGGAACCUUGUGCUAUUGUAGCUCAUUUGCCUCAAGGUUUGGUGUGUGUGAGACUUCUUCCAUAAAUGUUCAUAUAAACUUCUGAUUUUCCUCACAA